GGCGAAUAUCAGUCAUAUAUAAUAUUAUACGGUUUGUAACGUUGGAAUUUUAUAUCUAUUUUCGGUUACACGACAUGAAAUAACCACCGAUUGUGCUAACGGGCGGCUAUGAAAAUAGUACGGGAAAAAAACAAAUAAAACAAUAACAACAAACGAUAACGUCAAACCGAUUCAAAUAAAGAGUAAUAAUAAUAAUAGGUAAUAUUAAUCUUUCUAAUAUUGUCGAACAGUGAGAGUCGUGCCGCGGUUUCCUAACGAGCAGUUUUGCCGUUCUCGCGCGUUUCCAUACGGGUCGAAGCGGUCGUCGUUCCAGUUUCGUCUCGUCGUCAUCCAUCGGCGUCGACGGGACACCGGAUGAGAACAUUUCAAAACCAACGACCAAACUAUUAUUAUUAAUAUUAUUGUGUUCACCGGAUUUCGUCUCGAGGAAACGUCGCCGACGUACGUGUGGUCGCAGAGUUGCACAAGAAUGAUGAAGCUGAUCAAGUUAUACCUGUGAGCCAUUGUGGCAGUAAUGAGUGCCAGAGAAGCAACAGAUGACCGCUUCAUCAACGAUCCCAUAUUAACGGGUAAAAAGCCACCAUUUAUGCUGAAACCACCAUCAUACGUCAACAUAUCUAGAUCUAUAAAUGGCUAUACAUCAUCUUUAACUCAGUACGAUAGAAAGAAAAGAGAAGGACGUUCCAGAGAUUGCAGCCCGAUCAAUGUACGUACGGUAAAUAGUGAAAUGGACGAUCAAAAUUUUAUAACCAAAUGUACUAUUACUGAUACAGUUGAUUAUAGAACUGAAUCACCUAGUUCAAUAGUUGUUAACACAAUUCAUAGACUUUAUGGUUCUAGUGUUAAAAUAUCACCUAAGGAAAAAAAAUUAAAUAACAUUCCUACAUCAACUGUAUUACAAGGUGAACAUGCUGAUUUGCCUGUCUUAAAGUUGCUCAAUCCACAAUUCCGGGCUAAAUUAGUUGUAAAUAAGUAUUCACCUCCCAAGAAAACAAAACCACUUACAGUUACUAAUGGUAUUGACAAAUGUAUUGAAGUAGAAGAUCAUGGUGGAAAUUAUUUUAUAAAUUUAGUAAAUUUAGAAUGUGAUAUAAUAAAAAAAUUAGUAUCACAAGUAGAAUGUUUGUUACCAAUUGCUCCUGAAUAUGGUCAAGAUCGUAUUCAAGCAAUUGUUGGUAAAUCAAACCUGUUAAUGUCUCAAAAAAUUAAGCAGUUCCUUGGUUUAUGUGAAAAUAACAUAACCCGUUCAGUUGAUGAUGUAUCUAGACCCAAAAGUAAUGAUUUAGAAGGGUUUUGGGAUUUGGUUAAGAUUCAAAUAAAUCAAGUGAAAACUGAAAUGGAAGCAAUUAUUGAGCUAAGCAAUAAAGGAUGGCCUGAAGAUGAUGACAAGAGCAAAAAAAAACUUACCAAAACUAUUAAAGUAAAAACGAAAGCAAUAAAGCCAGCUGUCUCAAAUUCUAAGUAUGAUGCAGCUCGUAGAAAAGCAAUUGAAGAUCAACGCAAGGCUAUGAAAAACUUAAAAAAUGAAGACGUUAUAUUUUUUUAACAAUAAUCAAUUUUAAAAUUUAGACUGUAAUAUUAUG